GAUGGGAAUUGUGGUUGUUAGGGAAUUUGCACUUCCUGGUUUGACGAGAAGAAAAAGCAGAAGUUAUUUUCGUCUCUAAAAAGUUGUUUUCAACUAAGUUGUGUACCCGUCCGGUGUUUAGGUAGCACCAACGUCGCCAUAGACGGGAUGUCUCUGAUGGAGUCUCCUCCCGCGAGGCCGAUCACAGCUGUGGCCUGGAGCUCCAACACCUCCACCUGUCCUCGAGACUUCACCCUGAUAAGUAUAGCAGAGGAUGGAGCACCAGCUAACUUCUCUCGUGGAAUCAUGAAGUCUAGUUACUUCCUUUGUUACAGCAAGGAGACUUCAGGGGGGCUGGUGGUGUGUGAUAUUCAGGUAAUCUCAGACAAGGAGCCUCUUCCUCAUGGUUACUGCUACAUCCCUGAACACAUGGAGCCCAAGGCAUCUGUGUUUAAGAAGAAGCGUGUGUGUGUCUAUCUGGUCCCACUGGCCAGCGUGCACACAGCCGUACUGGACCUCCGCCUGACCGCCAAGAGCAGAAUGAUGCUGCAGCACUACACCUGCGCAGGGGACAUGAAUGGUUAUGUGUUGUGGUGUAAGAAGGGGCCGUUCAGAAUCCCUGCUCCCCAGGCCAAGCCUCGCUCCCUCAGCCUCGACGUCCGGCAGCUGUCUCUGGACCCCCCGGCCUUGCCCCUGCGCCCCAGCAACGCCCCGCCCCUGCCCCCUGGGAAGAUCAGCCGUCGUCGUGGCACCCUGCAAUCAGACGCCUCGGUGGAGAAAGAUGGCGACAGUGGCCACAUCUAUGGCUACACAGCCAUAGAUGGGGUCCCAUUCUCUCUGCACCCCAGGUUUGAGACCCAGACUGGCAACAUGAACUCUACAAACACUCAACUGACCAACAUUCGUAUCAAGUCUGUACAGGACAUUGAAAAUGAGUACAACUAUCCGUUCACUGUGGAGGAGACCACCGCCAGGAGGACACACCCCUCUCUCUCUACAGGAAGUACAUCAUAGGCCCUGACCCCUGACCCCCUGCUCAGCCAGCCUGCUCCUUGUCCUUCUACUCCCCCCUCGCCUUCUCUCCUCUGCUCUCCUCCUCUUCCUCCUGAUGCACUGUCAGACAGACCUCUGAUGAGGAUGAUGACAGUGCUGUCAUACUUACAUAACAGAAUUAUGAAAGUAAGCAGUUAAACAGAAAUGUUAUAUAUUUAAACAUUGCGACCUGCCAGACAUUCUAUUUAAACAUUCCAUCCUGCCAGACAUUCUAUUUAAACAUUCCAUACUGGCAGACAUUCUAUUUAAACAUUCCAUACUGCCAGAUGUUCUACAUGUUCAGACUACUGCUGAGAACUACCUUGUACUUGAAUGCUUGUAGUUGUGCAUGAGUCUGCAAGCAUAUUUACUUGUGAAAGUACCAUAGUAUAAACAAAAUUCACAACACAACUGCAGAGUCUCAGACCAAUUUAAACUGUUCUCUACAUCGUAGAUUUUUAUUUUAAGAAGACAACCCGUUCUUGUUGUACAGAACCCAUUUUGUGUUUCAGACCUAACGUUACUGCUCGCUACUGGAACUUGUUGACAUAGGUUGUGCAUUUGACGUAUGUGAUGCGUGCAUAGUGAAUUGAAGUGGGCUAUUCAAGUUAAGGUGGAAAUGUCAGUAGGUCUUUUGUGCCAAGCGUAACUAUUGGUGUUUCGGUCAUGAUGAUUCUGACAAUGUAAAAAAAAGUCAUGAUGAAUUAAAGGCAACAUGUAAAUUGAAA